UCUCACACAAUUGGUUUAAGCUUAGAUGUCUGCAUGCUUUAAAGACCCAACGAAUGCCAGCUGGCUGGGUUACUUCAGCCUGUGACACUUUAAGGAUUUCAGUUCCCCGCAGCAGCUCUGGGACUACUAUGAAAUCAUGAAGUGCUUUGCAUUUUGUAACUCUGCAAGACAAAGCAAGCUGGAAUCCCCCGCUUGUGAGUUAGAUCCUCGGGUUAUGUAGGAGAAGAGAUGCAGCAGAUCUCUCAGGAAUUUGGGGAAUUGUGAGCGGUUUUCCCUGCCUGCUCCCCUCAGCAACAAGGAAUAACAUUUUGAACAAGCUCGUUAGAAAGUUUCAGGUGUUUAGCUACCAUUUUUCACCUCUGUAAAAUGGGCAGGAACAUCUGGGCUCUUGGAGUGUUGAUAGUGUUCCUGGUAUUUAGAGGAGACUGUACAAGUAAAUCCAAAAGCAGUAGAGACACAUCAAGAAGACUAGUUCGUUCCACAGACAAUUUAGAUGCGAAUGAUGGGAAAAAAUGUGGCUAUACCUUUAUGGUUCCCCAACAGAAAAUCACAGGUCCGAUAUGUGUCAGUACCAAGGGAGCCGGACCAAACAAGGACCAAGUGACUAGGAUGGAUUUGGAAAACCUAAAAGACACAUUGUCUAAACAGAAGAGGGAAAUGGAGAUGUUGCAAAUGGCAGUAGAUGUGGAUGGGAAUAUUGUUAGUGAGGUGAAGCUGCUACGAAAAGAAAGUCGUAAUAUGAAUUCCCGUGUAACACAGCUUUACAUGCAGCUUCUGCAUGAGAUUAUCCGAAAGAGGGACAAUUCUCUUGAAGUCUCUCAGCUGGAAAACAAGAUCCUCAAUGUAACAGCAGAGAUGCUAAAGGCAGCCACGCGAUACAAAGAGCUGGAAUUAAAAUAUGCGUCAUUGAUAGAUAUGGUCAAUAACCAGUCAAUAGUCAUUUCAUUGUUGGAGGAACAGUGUAUGAGGGUUUUUUCCAGGAGGGAUAGCCAUGGCUCCCCACCUUUGGUUCAGGUGGUUCCACAGCAUAUUCCUCAAACCAAGCAAUAUACACCUGGACUGGUGGCCGGUAAUGAAAUUCAAAGGGAUACAGGAUACCCCCGAGCUAGAGACAGCAGGCAGCCUCCACAAGCUCCGCCUCCAACAAGCAGCCCAUUUCGGGUACCUCCAGUAGCAGUCAUUAAUGAAGGUCCUUUCCGGGACUGCAAGCAUGCCAAAGAAUCUGGAUUCACCACCAGUGGCAUUUAUCUAAUAAAACCACAAAAUGCAAAUAGCCACGUGCAGUUGUGGUGUGAUCACAGUCUGGAUCCUGGUGGUUGGGCAGUAAUACAGAGGAGGACAGAUGGAGCAGUUAAUUUCUUCAGAAACUGGGAAACAUAUAAGAAAGGCUUCGGGAACAUCGAUGCCGAGUACUGGCUAGGAUUGGAGAGCAUUUAUCAGAUAUCCAACCAAGACAACUACAGGUUGCUGAUUGAAUUGGAAGACUGGAACAACAAGAAAGUCUAUGCAGAAUACAGCAGCUUCCGCCUGGAGCCCGAGAGUGAUUACUACCGGCUGCGACUGGGAACAUAUCAGGGGAACGCUGGAGAUUCCAUGGUCUUUCACAAUGGCAAACAAUUUACCACACUAGACAGAGACAGAGAUGCGUACUCAGGUAAUUGUGCUCAUUUCCAUAAAGGAGGAUGGUGGUACAAUGCAUGUGCACAUGCCAACCUUAAUGGUGUGUGGUACAGAGGAGGACACUAUCGUAGCAAACAUCAAGAUGGCAUUUACUGGGCAGAGUACAGAGGCGGCUCCUAUUCUCUCAAAUCAGUCCAAAUGCUGAUUAGACCCAUAGACUGAGAAAUGCAGCGGAUGGCAGACAUUCAAUGUCACGGUUUGGGAGCUGAAAUUAAUUAUUUACCAUUGUGGAAACUUCAAGAUUUAAGAAUUAUCAGAAAAUCACAUGCAGCUUCAUGAAAACCUGCUGUUACUGUUAAUCAUGUAAUUUUUAACAAUAUAAAGAAGAUUGGGUACAAUAGGAGGAAAAGACGUAUGUGUUUAGACAACAUAUUUAAAGAAACAAUCCUAUCAAAAUAUUUUCAGAGUAAGCACAAAUCAAUGCGACAAGCUCUCUAAUACAACCGUAUUUAUAAGGGAGAAAAGCUCAGAAUUAUCUUAUGCUCAAAAUGAUGGGGUAUCUUAGGUUAUUAAUUACAUAAUACAGACGGUUACCAAGAGCAUCCCUUGAAUAAAGACACACAUAGUAGGUGAAAAACAUAAUUUGUAAACAGUACACCAAGUGUAUUUGCCUAAACUUUCAGUAGUAAAUGAUGCAGUAGUUCAUUGUAGAGAGGAAAUGCCUUGAAACUUUGUAUGUUAAGCCAAAAAAAAUAGAUUGAGAACAAAAAAAAAAAAAUCCUUUUUGUA